AUGUCUCCUAAGGGUAGUCUCUGGCCCAGGCUGCGAAAGGCCUCUAAGCCCCAGCCUGCCCCAUUGAAAAUUGUUUUUCCUCACUUAGCUCGCGCAUCCAACAGCUCUACUAAUUCCGAAAUGGAUCCAUCGAACUUCGCCUCCACCGGCCUCAUUGCAUCCGAUGUCAGCCUGGAUCCUGUGACAAUGGCCAGUACCAUCUCCCAGGCACGCUUAACUGCUCUCACAUCGGGGGAGGAUACAAGAACUUGCAUCCAACGUGGUAAGGACUGUGUUGACGCCUAUGCCCAAGCCACCAAGGCCAUGAUGGAUAAUCUCGGUGUCCGUAUCAACAAUGGCGAGGACCUUCCUUACGAAGAAAUGAUUGAUGAGAUGACGCAUCGCUGCUAUAAGUACUGCCAAUCACUCGUGGAUGAAGUACAGUCCUUGUCCUCAAUCACUGCCAUCGAUUCUCCCGCCAGGACGUUCAAGAUUUCCACUGGCUUUAAGACCUCUACGGACUCAACCAAGGACUCUUCUCCAAUUACACCUCGGUCUGGUCCAAAGACACCCCAGUUCUGCUCAUGGUCUGAUGAAUCAGGAUCUCCACAGGCUCUGCUUGCCGCUCGCAAGAAUCCCCUUCGAGUUUACACUGUUAGCAACGACGAAUGGAUUAUUGUCUCGGGCCCCCCUUCACCUACUACUCCAAUCCAGCUCCUAGCCCCCGAUGAUAUGGAUCCUGUCGAUGCCUCGAUUCACUUCGGCGUCAUUCUGCGCAUCUUCACCAAGCUGUACACCAUGUCAAAGAUCAUGCAGGCAAUCUUCCUAAGCUAUGGCGUUGAGAUUGAUACCACUGAGACAGGACUGACGUGCUGGGUUCGGCGAGCUGAACAGAACAUGUACACCCAGGAAAUGAAGGUCAUGAUCGAUAUCGUCGAGAAUCUCUUUUACGCCUUGUAUGCCCGCGUGACGAUUGAGCUGGCAAACAUCGAGCUCUGCGGUUCCUUCCGAAUCGACCUGCGUUCAUUGCAAAAUUACCAACCCAACCUUCUUCCCGAAGCUGAUCAUCUCUACCGCAUUAUUCUCGCGUUCAAGGACGUGUUGGACUCGCCUGAGAUCUGUCCAAUUCUUCGGAAAGACUUCGUUGCACACUUCCAGCAAGAAUACAUCAGUCACCUUGUCGACAAGGACAGACGCAGACACGUCGUUCAUUUCGAUCCGCUUGGAUAUCGCAGUUUCGCCACCCGAGUCGCUUCGGACCGCGGUGGGGACUACUGCCAGAAAUGGAGAGAGCUCAUUCCAUGCUUUAAUGUCAUCUCGGCCGAUCUUCUGACUACCAUGUCUGAAAAAUAUACCACUGUGUAUGCAAUUGCUAGUCUGCCUGAUGAUAUCCCGUACGGCAAGCUUCCAUGGAUUAAACCCGAGCAGCUGUCCCCGCAAGUCGCCGAGGCCCAGACUAUCAAAGAUCACCGCAUGUCCGCUCUUGCCAAACUGGAGGGCACAAGCAUCGGAGACGAACGCCAAAAGGAUCCUCAAUCUGGCACCUACUACCUAAUCAAACAACACAAAUGUAUCUGCUCCGCUCUCUGCCGCUGUUCUAAGGAGUGCACCCAAGAGGUCGUGAUCGCCUGCCCCUGUGCGGAACGCCAUGUGCGUACCAUGGUGACCAAGCGCAGCAUUGAACGCAGACACCGUCGACCGCCAACCGCCCUUACUGCUAGCACUCUUGCUCGUAUGUAUUUCUACGGCUUGAGUGCGCUGAAGCGCCAUGUUAAGGAUGAGGUUAUCGCGAGCGAGCUCAAUCAUGCAUUUGAAUUGAUCAAUCUGUUGAUCAUGAAUGAGCGGAAAGAGGCUGAUAGGACGAAUACCAAAGCGGAGACUCCUGAUGAAGCCAGCAUUCCAAACUUCUUCUAG